AGCAUUCAAUUUAAUACAAUAAUCUAAUAUUGCGAAAAAAAUAGUUUUAACAUUUUUACAAAUAUUAUUUUGCAAUGCAUUAUUCGUUCAAUAAAAGAUCAUACCCGAUUUGCGUAAACAUAACUAAUUUCAGUAGACUCUUCAUUACUGAUUCAUAGGAAUGAGUGAUAUUCUACGACCGUAUAUUUUUCAUUCUAUUGGUUAUAUACACGGUACACAGAAAUAUCUGCACAGAGAAAAAUUAACGAGUGCAACAACUAGCAAAAUGAAGAUGGCGGAUGGACCCACGAUCCUUCGAAGAAAUAGGCCUGGAACAAAAGCAAAGGAUUUCUGUAGGUGGCCAGAUGAACCAUUCGAAGAAAUGGAUAGCACGUUGGCUGUGCAGCAAUAUAUUCAACAGAUGAUUAGAAAGGAUCCAUCCAAUGUUGACUUGAUAUUAAAAAUGCCAGAUGCACAGGAUGAAGCUGUAUGGAAGUACGAGCAUUUGAGACAAUUUUGUAUGGAAUUGAAUGGUUUAACAGUAAGAUUGCAAGAAGAAUGUUUUCCGGUACAGUGUAGUCAAAUGACGGCUACAGAACAAUGGAUAUUUUUGUGUGCUGCUCAUAAAACACCUAAAGAAUGUCCAGCUAUUGAUUAUACAAGACAUACUCUUGAUGGUGCAGCUUGUUUGCUUAAUAGCAACAAAUACUUUCCCAGCAGGGUGAGUAUUAAAGAGUCUUCAGUAGCUAAGCUUGGAUCUGUUAGUCGCAGAGUUUAUAGAAUUUUUUCUCAUGCAUACUUUCAUCAUAAGGCAAUAUUUGAUGAAUUUGAGAAUAAAACUUUCUUAUGUCGCAGGUUCACAGUAUUUGUGACAAAGUACAGUUUGAUGUCAAAAGAGAGUUUAAUAGUACCAAUAAUGGAAGAAGAUGGAACAACUGAAAGUGAAGCCUAGAAUUUAUUGAAUAAAUCUUGAUAAGAAAAUAAAUCCAUCUGCCGUACCGAUAUCAACUUGUUAUAAUGAUGAAGCUGUAAUCAUCGGGAUGUAGCUAAACCAAACAGAUACUUAUAUAUAAUAUAAAUAUAAUCACUAUAUAUUAAUAAUAAUAAUAAAACUUGUAAUAUCUUUAUUUAUAUCAUA